AUGGACAGAAAUGUUUUACGCCGAUCAUCUGCUUACAAUUUGUCAAAAUCAGUCAAUGAAGAGGGAAACAGCGAACUUUCAAAUAAAAUCUCCGAAAGUUUUUUGAGGAAACAGAUAAAUUCACCUGAUAAGCGUUACAUAAGAAAUUCAGCUAUGAGUAACACAAAUGGAGUUUUUGCUAAAUGUACAGAUUGUCAGACAUCCAAAUGUAACGAUGAUUGUUUGGAUGAGAUUCUUAUCCUCAGAAAAAAAGUAGCCUUACUUACUAAACAAAAUAAAGAUCUAAACGCACAAUGCCGUAUUUUAAAAGAAAAUCUGGUUAAAACAGAGAAUGAACUUACAAUGCUGGUCAAUCCUAUUGAAAGCUCAAAAAUAAACCAGAAUGCAGGCUGCUACAAACAGAAAUCGCUUAAAAAUAUUCGUUUGCUUCAUCAAAAGUUUUUCAACCUGCAGACCCAACUUCAAGAUAAAGAUUCUCAGUACAACCGCUUAAUAACAGACAUGAAAUUUACUCGGGUUGAAGAGUUGCGAGUACAGUUGGAGACUGCAUUUGCAGAAAUUAAGCGACUAAAAGAACAAAAUCAUAUAUUAUCCGAUCAGUGUUCAGAGAAAAAAAGACAAUCGAUUAUUAAACCGAAAAGGAGUUUUUCCAGUGAAAACAAUCAACCUAAUUUACAAAUUAAAACACUGGGCAGAGUGAUUAAAGAUUUAGAUCAGCAGAAACAGGAGUUGAUAGCGAAGAACCAUUGUUUAGUAAACAAAAUUCAAAAGCUUUACAGGCAUUUGUCAUCGAACGAUGUAAAAGAGGAUAUCACUCCUUAUCGUGCUUGUCAGGAUGAUGAAUGUAAUGUGCAGACUGGAAAGUUUAGAACGUCCUCAGAGGAUCUUUUGGUGGCCACGAUUGUUGGAAGUACUGUAUCCCACAAUGUUACUAAUCAAGCUCCAAAAGUAUCAACAAUUGUUCAAAGAGAUGAGAACAUGGUAAGUGAAUUAGGAUCGGCUAAGGCACAAAUUGCUAAUUUACAACAUUUAAACAAAACAUUAUCAGAAUCAUGUGAAAAAAUGAAGAAAGAUUAUGAAAUAAUGGAAAAGAAAAUAAUAGAACAGGAAGCUGAAAUUCAAAAAUAUCAAAGAAAAGCCGUGCGGGAAAAUGAGUGUCAAACAGAAAUAAAAAUAAGGAAUGAGAAUACAAAUGAUGAAAAGUUAGAAAAUAGUGGAGUGGUUGUUAAAAUGAAAAUCUCAGAAAAGGAUAUUGUAAAACAAGUAAAGAACGUUUUAUCUACGAAAGACCUUCAUUAUGAAGAUGAUGAGAAUGCUUUUAAUCACAGAAAUGAAAAGAACCAGUCUGAAAUGAAACGCAUUCAGGAACGAUAUAGGUUCAAUGGUCAAAGCAACUUUGAUAACCCACUUCUUACAAAACAACAGACCAAUGAUAUUGAGAAUAGAGUUCGAUUGCAAGAGAAUCAAAAGGCAAAUGAUGGUGUAAUAGACUUUUUAUGA